AUGGACGACCUGCCCUCGUACGAAGCUGCGACUUGUCCCAAUGCUUGGACACUCAUUGCGCCGUACCUACCUUCCCAAGCACUAUGCUCUGCAGCGUUGGUCUCUCGAGAAUGGAACAAGAUUUUUACACCAUGGCUCUGGGGAAGUCCAGCCUCUCAUUUCGGGGAGCAGAAUGACGUUGUUUUUGUGGCUCUAACGCGAUUUAAGCGUAUUCUGUCUAAUGCGCGCGCUUCUGUAUGUGAGCUCACGCACACGCUCUGUCUUCCUCCUGCCCAUGCCGAAAUAUACUCUGGUCCACAUUCAGAGUGGCUUCGAGACUGUCUGGAAUACCUCCCUCGUCUCCAAUGUUUGAUAGUCAAUGGCCUUCCAUUUUUUGACCAUGCGAGCCUUCUUAGCCUUCGCUAUCCAAGCCAACGACUAAGGCCUAAGUUUCCAGUGUUCAGUUUGAGACUGCUUGAUGCCUCGGGCUGUAUGAAUGCCACAUCAGCAGGGCUUGCAGAGGCUCUUCCGCAUUUCCCUGAUCUUGUCUCUUUGGAUUUGUCCAAGACUAGAGCCUCUAGAGGCAAAGCGGUGUUAUCCGCUCUCAAGCACCUUCUCAACCUGCGUGUUCUGAACCUCUGCGGUAUUGGCUUGAAAGAUGAGGAUUUCUCAAUAGUCGCACACUCGAUCAGAAGUCGGGUCAGAAGUCUUGAUAUCAGCAACAACCUCUUGACAGAUACCAGUACGCGACUUCUCCUUGAACUCUGUUUGAAAGAGAUAGUAAUCACUCCACAUACACACCGGGGUCGUUUGGCACCUGUUGAGCAAGAGCAAGGGAAUAAUGAAAUAGAUGUAUUCGAGUCCGAGAACCUCGUAGGACCUCUUCGUAAAAAGCUCAUGGGAGGUUUUGUUGGCACACUACCAAUCGAGGAAGCACGAGAUGUUGGGAUAUCCCAUCUCUACUUAUCAGCAAACAACAUCACCAUUGAAGGAAUAUCUUCUCUGCUGCGAUCAGGGCGCCUUAAAGUUCUGGAUGCAGGCGUAUUGCCUGCUACGAUCAGGAAUCCUUAUCCUGUCGACCCAAGUUCUGAAGAAGACGACAUGAAGUUGCCGAGUGUCGCCAAGCUGGUCCCCAUCCUGUCCAAAUUCGCACGCCACAAGUUGAGGUAUGUUAGACUCAACUAUCAAAUAGCGACGGAGAAUGCUCCCAUCGAGAGAUCUAAAUCGCCACGUGCAGAACUUUGUGGAGGGCCUGGGGCCUAUGAGCGUCCAGAAGCUCAUGAGCUUGAAAACACGGAGUUGUCAAUGUCUGAGCUUGACUCAGAAUUCACAACUGUUCAGGAAAUUGCAGAUUAUUCAUACCCAAUCGAAUUGCCUGGCUCUUUCCCGCCAGCUGAAACGUCGAAUCAUGCGUCUUCAAGCACAGCUGCCAGUGGCCACAAACCAGGUGACUUGUCCCCAUCAUGGAGCCCUUCGCUGUUUCCACCCACGCCUACCCCCGAUAUGCAAUUCCCAUCUACACUUGUUUUUGAAACGAUAUGUCAAGAAGAUCCCCUUAAUCAUGUUGAAGAUAUGAAAGUUCGGCUAUCAUAUCGCCAAUCGCAAGAACCCCGUCUGCAUCCAGGAAUGCUACCCAAUCUACAUACACUAGUUCUCACCAGUGUGCCUAUCGCAGCUGAAAAGUAUAUGGUAGACCGUAUCAUACAGUUCAUCAAAGAUGCGGCAGAUGAGGCUUCGAUUGCUAGACAAAGUGCCCGAAACACUUACGCGCUUCCUCCAGGUCGCAGGCGUGUCGUGGCCGAAGAGGAAUAUGCGCACAGCUUGUUUGCCCUACGACGUAUUGUCCUAGAGAUGGCUUCUCCGCAGCCGGCACCCAAAAAGAUAUCUACCAGUUGGCGCGCUUAUCCCACGAGGUCAACCACUGAGGAUGCUGAUUCAGAGGCCUUUUGGGAAGCUGCGUCGCACGACUUUUCAUUCUUUGGUGAUGAAGAGUGUGGACAGCCUAGUCAGCAACUGGCUCGUCCGCUGCCUUUGGAAGCCAUGAGCGGGCUCGAACUUGCUACUGAUCAUACUCACCCAGUUCCUGAGCCCAGGGAACCCGAAGUUAGCCCCAGAAGAUUGUUUGACGUGAUAGGAGAGGUUGGUAAAUUCCGAAGAGAAAGGAAGGCUGCCUAUGAGGAGCUGGUAGCGACGGGUGAGGCCAAUCCUGAUGUCAAAGGCUACUGGCCUGGAGACAUCACUGUUGUGAGAAUGCCAUUAAAUGCGGAAGUUGGAGAACUCGAUUGUUAUGGGAAUCGAUACGAGUCUGGGUGGUACUAUCGGUGA